AUCAACUGUUGUUUAACACCAGAGGGGCUUUUAGCCCUCUUGACUCGAGUGGGCUGACUCUGACUGCAUGUUCUUGUGGUGUUCUGCAAAUCCUCUGGAAGAAGUACCUGAUCGCUGGUAUUGUGGUCUUACUGAGUCCAAUAGUAGUUGUACUUGGCCGGUUAUUGUCUGAGGUGACUCCAAGAGCUCUGGAACUAAACAAAUGGAAUAAGAUACGUCCUGCCGCAUCACUAUGGAGCCCAUUACUUGGAAUCGUAUUGCUAACUCCCUCUAUAUCAAAAGACCACUCGACGAUUCAAUGGGCAGUGUUCUGGGUACUACUUGUGGCAGUUUUCGUAACAACAAUAGGCAAUCUAAGCUUCACAGGAAUCAGUAAACUAGUGGACAGAGUUCUAGGUGGCAAAAAAGAAUUUUGGCGUCAAGUAAUUAUAAACUUUUGCAUGAUUGCUGCUAUAGGGAUGCAGGUCUACAUGUUUGAUGAACGACUGGUGAUGAUCAUAGUUGCUCUAGCGAUAGUAUCACUUCAUAACUUGCAGAUUCCAGCAGCACUUGUGCGGAUAGCUCUAGCAUUACUUCGGAUUAUACCAAUUAAUAAUGGUAAUUCUAGUUAUGGAAAACCCAGCAAACAAAACCUUCGACCGUCUCUAAGUAUCUUCUACGGGAUGGUGCUUGGACAAGGAAUAUUCUAUGCCAUGGCCUGCAUGUUCGAGUUCUUUUCUUUCAUCCCUCAAAAUUCCCUCUACCACCGUGUUGGAUUUAAAGGUAAGUGGGGAAUGGAAUCUGUCAAUAUGUAUUAUGCAUAUGCGUCAGAGAAAUGCAAGCAAGGGGGUGUUCUUGCUCCGAAGAAGAUCAGCCUCUGCACCUUUGCCAUGGAUUCUGUGAAGUCGGAUUCAUCCGAUAAUCAGCUCACCGGGAUACGAAUGAUGCACCACUUUCUGCAAAGUGAACCAACCAAGGCACAGCUCCUUUCAAAACUCGCCACUUCUACCAAGAUGAUGGCCAGAAUAAUCAGAAUGUUGGAUUGGGGGACAAGUCCAAAGAAUACAGAUAUCAGAUUAUAUGCUGCGAAGGUCGUGGCAGAACUUGCAAAGAACCUUCGUGUUGUCACUAUCCCUGGUACAAUGCAGCUUGUAUCUGCACUGCUUGACACUGAAAGUAGACUUAAAAGAGGAAAUCCACUCCUAGACACAGAUGAUGAACAGGAAGAAAGACACGAUCGAGUUCUCAAUACAGAAGAUGGACAAGAGGCAGCUGACAGCCAAUUGCAGAGACAAGGCCAACUUCUGGACACCGAAAAUAUGUUGGAAACACAAACCAGCUCAACUCAACAAGUUGGCAUCCACGAACAGAACUCCUGCGUGCUCAGAUGCUGGCAGCAGAUUUUAGAAUUCUGGUCAAUGCCCGAGGAGCUGCCGCCGAUAGACCACGAUCUUCUGCCUGUACUGGCCAUGUCAAUUAUACACAGUCUUGCUGGUUGUGACCAGGGCAACUGUGUGGAAAUCAGCAAAGCAGAUGACCUCAUCCCAAAGAUCACACGAUUCACAAGAUUCAAAAGUGACACAAUGAAUACUGAGGCACAACAGAAGAUCCUGGUGAAAUCAUCAUUGAAGGUGCUGCAAAGGCUUACAAGCAUAGGCGGGAAAAUCGGCAUCACACUGCGGUCCAAGAUAUCACAAGAUCCGUUCCUCUUUAGUAACCUUGCAGAGAUCUUGGGGAACAACAAGAGCAGCCAGGAAUCAAGAAAGUUGGUGGCCGGAAUCCUCAGAAACAUGGCCAUUGAUGAGAAAACAAGGCAGGAGAUUGGUCGCAACAAAAUUAUCAUCACCAAGCUGAUGCAGGCGUUUCUCAAUGCAGAAGGAACCACGAGUACCAAUCCUGAUCACUUGUCAAGGAAGGUCGCCGGGCAAGCACUGGCAAUGCUAACAAUACAAAGUGUUCAAAACUGCUUGGUUAUACUGAAGGAGCCAGAGUUCAUGAAGGAACUCAAAAUCUUGAUCCAUGAUAAACGGUACAUAUAUGUUGCGGCAAGCAUGUUGCGUAAUCUGUGCCUGCAUAGUGAAGCCGAGCUCAGAGACUCAGACCUGAAGGAGCUAUGUCAUACCUUACGAGAGGUGUGGGAAAGAAUAAUGGACGCGGAUGGGGCAGAACUAGAGAUCCUGAUUGGGCUUAGUUCACAGAUAUGUAAAGUGAAUCCUAAAGACUUCACCCGUGAACUGGACAAUGGUCAGAUUAAGCAGAGAUUUCUGAAGAGGCUUAUCGACACACUGAAUGAAAAUAUGAAACCUAGCAGUCAUUGUCCUGGGAUCAGGAGGAUGAUAGUUGAGCAAAUCAUACACUUGAUGGAGUGCAAUUCUAGUUAUGCAGAUUGCUUGAGUGAAUUCAGGAUGACGGAAGCAUUAUCAAUGGUAGAACAAACACUGUCAGAGGCUGAGGACUACAGGCUCUUCUUGGGUGAUGAAGGAUUUAUGAAGUACAACGUGCCUUUAUCCAAUUUUGUCGCCAUAGCAAAGAAAAUGUAUGUGUUGCGCUGUGUUAUGGCCCAGGCGCAGGAGAAUAGGGAUUAAGAGUUUAAGACUUUUAUAGUAGGGUUUUAGUCCCGUAGAAGGUUUCCCUACUGUAUCCAUGUCUAUUAAGAGUCCAAGUCUAUUAAGUUCCUUUUAAAGUUUCUUACCUACCAAGUCAUUGUAA